AUUGUGGCAAGGUAUCUUAUUCAGCAUGGCUAGCUUUUUUCACACUAGAUUAUAAUAUAGAUUGGAGGACCCUGUCUCUCUUGAGCUCAUUGUUUACUCACCUUUCAAUCUUGUUCCCUUUAAAAGACCAACCAAUUCAAUUAGUUAGAGAACAAGAAAUCUAUGGAUUUUCAUGGAUUUCUCUUUCAACUCACAGUGGUUGGAGCAAUAUUAGCACCAGUAGCAUCUCUGUCAAAGCCAGAUUGCUCAGGUAGCUGUGGCAACCUUAACAUCCCCUUUCCAUUUGGCACGAGCCCCGACUGUUACCUUGAUGAUUCGUUUCUCAUCACUUGCAACAGCACAGAUUACAAUCCUCCCAAACCGUUCUUAUGGCAAAGUAAUCUGGAAGUACUUAACUUAUCGCUUGAUGGCCUCAUGAGUGUUUCAUCCUUUGUGGCACGAGACUGUUUCAACAAGUCUGGUGCUAUUAUCGAUGUCACAGCAAGUCUCACAUUGCCAAAUUUUUUCAUCUCCAGUACACAUAACAAGUUCGUAGCUGUUGGCUGCGACACAGUUGCAGUGGUGGAGGGUUCCAGAGGACAGAACUAUGCUACUGCAUGUGUAUCGCUAUGUAAUGGUUUGGAUAGUGUAGAAAAUGGAACUUGUUCUGGUAUUGGGUGUUGCAAGAACUCCAUACCAAAGGAAGCAAGAGAUUUUGCAGUCUCUGUAGGCAGCUUAAAAAACCAUUCCCAGGUAUUGGACUUCAAUCCGUGUGGUUAUGCUUUUGUAGUUGAAGAAGAUGCUUUCAACUUUUCAACUUUAGAUCUCAAGGAUUUACAAAGCAGAGAGACCGUCCCUGUCGUGCUAGAUUGGGCAGUAGGAAAUCAGACAUGCCAAGAAGCUUUAGCAAACAUAUCAAGCUAUGCUUGUAAAGCGAUGAAUAGUGAAUGUUACAAUGCGAGCAAUGGCCCGGGUUAUCUUUGUAGAUGCUCAUUAGGUUAUCAAGGGAAUCCUUACGUCAUUGAUGGUUGCCAAGAUAUCAAUGAAUGUGAAGUUUCACAACCCUGCAAAGGUACAUGCAUGAAUUUACCGGGAAGUUUCUCAUGUUCUUGCCCAAAGGAUUACGAAGGUGAUGGAAUGAAAAAUGGAACAGGUUGUCAUCAUAACCCUCAGACCAGAGGAUCUACCGUACUUGCUGUUGGUCUCGGUUUAAGCUUGGGACUUUUAUCUUUAUUUCUGGGGAGUUCUUGGAUAUAUUGGAUUCUCAGGAAAAGAAAGCACAUGAAGCUCAGAGAAAAAUUCUUUCAACAAAAUGGUGGCUUAAUGUUACAACAACAGCUCUCAAAACACGAAAGGUCAGUCGAAACAGCAACCAUCUUUACCGCAGAAGAUCUCAAGAAGGCUACAAACAACUACGAUGAAAGUGAAGUCAUAGGUCGAGGAGGCUUUGGAACAGUAUACAGAGGAGUAUUACCAGAUCACAGAGUUGUUGCCAUUAAGAAAUCCAAAAUAAGUGAUCAAAACCAGAUUGAUCAGUUCAUUAAUGAAGUGAUUGUCCUUGCACAAAUCAACCAUAGAAAUGUGGUGAAGCUGUUGGGCUGUUGUUUGGAAACAGAAGUCCCUUUACUAGUCUAUGAAUUCAUCACAAAUGGAACACUCUCCGAACAUAUUCAUGAUGACAGCCGUGCAUCCUUUCUUACGUGGGAAAUGCGCCUGAAGAUAGCAGCUGAAACUGCCGGAGCACUAGCAUACUUGCACUCUGCUACUUCUACCCCAAUAAUCCAUAGGGACAUUAAAACUACAAACCUUCUAUUAGAUGAUAACUACACUGCAAAAGUGGCUGACUUUGGAGCUUCAAGAUUAGUCCCCUUGGACCACUCUCAACUGGCUACAUUGGUGCAAGGGACAUUUGGAUACUUGGACCCUGAAUAUUUCCAUUCAAGCCAAUUGACUGAGAAGAGUGAUGUUUAUAGCUUUGGAGUUGUCCUUGCAGAGCUACUGACCGGAAAAAAAGCACUUUCUUUCGACAGGCCUGAGAAAGAUAGAAACCUGGCAACAUAUUUCAUUUCAGCGAUGAAAGAGGAUCGCCUUUUUCACAUUCUCGAGCGUAGAAUUGUGAAUGAGGGAAAAUUAGAACAGAUCAAGGAAGUGGCUAAGCUUGCAAAGAGGUGCUUAAGAGUAAAAGCAGAGGAAAGGCCUAGUAUGAAGGAAGCAGCAAUGGAACUAGAUGGUAUGAGAAUAAAGAAGCAGCCUCCAUGGGAAGGUGUAGAUUUGUAUCCUGAAGAGAUUAAGCAGUUGCUGAAUCAAAAUGAAGCUUCAGAUGGUUACUAUGGUGGCUUUGGUGGUGGCAAUGCUGGUAGUAGUACUAGUGCCGGGUAUGAUAGCAUGAGGGACCAAAUGUCUGUGGCAUUAGAUGGUGGACGCUAGUCAUUAAUGUGUAAACUUUGUUUCAAAAUAGACCACCGUUUUGUACCAAUUUUUUUGUAACUUCAACAGAAAACAGGAUACGGAAGCAUUUGGUGCCGUAUACGGUACCAUUUUUAAUAUAUUUCAUUUUCUCCAUA